AUGUCCCCUAGCAGCUUCGCCGCUGCCCAAGAGCGCGUUUUGGCGCGACAGGUAGCCAGACAACAAGAAGCCCGAGCCCUCCGUCCCCCGGUCCAGGCAACGAAUGGCCGACCCUCGUUUACGCGACUUACACAGUCUGUGCGGCCCGGAGUCUUAUCGUUGUGGAUGACGUUACUAGACUCCGAGGGCACGAGGCCUGCUUUUAGGGUCGGCCAGGUGGAUGCAGAGCUUCUGGAUGAAGAAUUGCUAGGGUUGUUGAAGACUCAAGUAGGAGACGCAUUGAAAUACCUCGGGCCGCAUUUGCAGGACGACUGGUCUCAAGAAAUCCUACUUGUCCUGAGAGCCGUCCUCUUCAAACUAUCCAUAUGGGACAACGAUGCUUCGUACGGCGCAGCGCUGCAGAACCUCCGAUACGCGGACGCGAGGAAGCAGACCCUGGCACUUCCGAAGCCGACGUGGUGGCAGAAGAGUCUGUACGGUUUGAUUACAGUGUUCGGCCGCUAUGGAUGGGACAAAUGGGAGGACUGGCUCAUCGAUCAGGAGAGGGGAUAUACAGCUCCCUCAGAGCCCGUCCAGAGGCUCAUGCGUCUUACGUCCUUUGUGUCCACAACCCACUCGAUUGCGGCCUUCUUUUCUUUCCUGGUUUUCCUGGUCAAUGGCCGCUACCGGACAUUAACAGACCGUCUUCUCAGAUUGAGAUUGGCUUCACCAUCAAACCAAGUCAGUCGUGAGGUCUCCUUUGAGUACCUCAACCGUCAAUUGGUCUGGCACGCAUUCACCGAGUUCCUAUUAUUCCUACUGCCCCUGGUGGGCAUCAGACGGUGGAGGAAGUGGCUUGUGAGGGCAUGGAAGAGAACCAAGGAUGCCAUGAAGUCGGAAAAUACGGGAGAUGAUGAGGACCGGGCAAAGACAGGGCCGCUGGCUUUUCUACCAGAAAGGACAUGCGCCAUCUGCUAUCAGGAUCAGAAUCCCACGUCAACAUCCGAAGCUGAAAUACUUGGCGCCAAUACAGCAGCCGGCGGUGGCGUCGUUGGCUCAGCUAAUACCGAUGUCGUUAAUCCUUACGAGACCAUUCCUUGCAGCUGCAUCUAUUGCUUUGUCUGCAUCGCCACCAAGAUCGAAGCAGAAGAAGGUGGUGGCUGGACUUGUUUACGCUGCGGAGAGAUUGUCUACAAGUGUCGGCCGUGGAACGGCGAUGUGGUUGUAGAGCAAGAGAAGAAGGCCACUAGCAAGACCGCGAAGUUUGUCGACUUUUCUGUGUCGAAAAACGACUUAGAUGAGGACUCUCGAAACGAAUCUUCAGAAAGGGAUUCAGAGAUGAUUGAUCCCACCCUUGCAGGUAGCCAGUGGACUAUGGCAGAUCAAGACAGUCCAGGCGGCUGA